GAGCUUAUCCGAAAUGCGCCGCCGCCGCCGCUCGAGCUCGAACUCGGCAGCCAUGGCCUCCCAACUAGGGCCACCGUCGCCGUCGCUGGCGCUGGCGAAGGAUUAUCCAGCGGCGACCGCCACCACCUUCACCGCCAUCAGCGACGACCUCCUCCGCGAGAUCUUCGUCCGCCUCCCCUCCCUCCCGAGCCUCAUCCGCGCCGCCCUCGCCUGCCGCACCUUUCUCCGCGCCGUCCGUUCGUCCCGCGCCUUCCGCCGCCGCUUCCGGGCGCUCCACCCGCCACUGCUCCUUGGGAACUUCACCGACCCCUGCCGCAUUGCCAUCCCUGCCUUCACCCCCUUCCGAAGCCGCUCCGACCCCGACCUGGCCGCGGUCGUCCGCGGCUCCGAUUUCUUCUUCACCCGCCUACCGGAGGUCGGCGACUGGGCGUUCAACGGCUGCUGCUCCGGCUACGACUUCCUCCACAACGAGAACACCGACCAGAUCGCUGCCUACAACCCCCUCACGCAGGUGCUGCAUAUUUUCCCUUACCCGCCUCAGGAGGCCUGCGAUCCCCGCUAUCUUGAUUUCCGCAUCAUCUUCUCGGAAGAGGACCGGAGGUCGUUCCGUGUGGUAUGUGUUCGUCGCCGCAGGCGGCGGCAGAGGACGCUGGCUCGCUUCUCUGUCUUCUCAUCAGACAGCAGAAAGUGGCAAUCUUUCUCGUGGGUGGACACCUCACUGCCGCAGCCUGGGGAUGAUGGAGGUGAUAAGUGCUUGCUCUCAUCUUACACUGCUACGCCGGUGGAUGAAUUUGAUAGAUUAGUCUACUGGAAACACAAAAAUCAAGCAUAUAUAGUCGUCCUCAACCCUACGACGCUGCAGUUAUCUCGAAUCGAUUUGCCGCCGCACUUGAAAGAUAUGGACGCCGUACAAUUUAAGCUUGGUCAGACCAAGGAUGGGAACCUCUGUAUGGCUUUCACAGAUCAGUUUGGUGCAAACGAGGGAACGCUCGCUGUUUGGUUUUGGAGAGCUGAUGGUGAUGGUGUUGAUAAAUGGAUGCCGCACAAGAUUUUCCCACUGAACAAAUUUGUUGAUUUCUCUAUGUGUUCAGAAGAGUAUGCUGUCACAGCGCAGGUUACCGGAGUCAUGGAUGAUUUUGUGCACGUGUCUGUUUAUUAUCAGAAUACCAAUUGCUUCCUAUCCUUUUGCCUGGAAACAGAGAAGGUCAACAAGCUCUUUGAAUAUAGACUUUGCGUCCGGCCCUACAUCAUGCCGUGGCCUUCUUCUUUGGUAUGCAACAAGGAGGAUUUAGAAACCAAGGUUACUGGAGACAGUAUGGCGGAUGGUGUCCCUGUGGGCACAGAAGAAACUCCCUCUGUUUUUGUCACAGCAUUACGAUCAUAUAAAGAAGCUCUGAUUAAUGGCGAUGUGGCAAAAGUUGCAGAGAUAGAGGCAUUUCUACUUUAUAUUGAGGAUGAGAAGAAGUCUCUAGUUGCAGAACUGACAAGUGCGAGAGAUUGUAUCUCGAGGAUAAGUGCCGGCAUUGAUGACUACAAGAGAAGGGAAGAAAUAGAGAGGUGAUGACUAGUUGACCCACUUCUUUGCCAGUUGAACCAGCCUCUUUGGAAUGAUCAUGAUGUAUUUCUUUCAAUGAGAUGAGCUUUUGUUUAGAUGUGUUGGUACUUUGGUUUUUGAGACAACCAUCAUGUGCUAGUUUCAAAUGCUUGUAGGGCUUGUCUGUUGUGCAAGGGAACGCUGGAGACGUAAGCUACGGCUAAUGAAUGUAACCAUCAGUAGGAUGGCAAUAUGGCCACUUAAUUUUCACUGGUGCUGUCCUUUUUAUUGUUUGUCUGGGUCUCAAGUCCUUUUGUAGCAUU